AUGUCGAAGCAGUUCACUGAGGAGGAAGUGGCCAAGCACAACCAACCAGGCGACCUUUGGAUCGUCGUCGACUCGAAGGUCUAUGACCUGUCGCGCUUCGCCGACAUGCACCCGGGCGGUCCGAAUGUCCUCUUCGUUGACACAAUAGCGGGCAAGGAUGCGACCCAGGCCUUCUUCGGGCUGCACCGACUCGAAGUCCUCGAACGGCCACAAUACAAGCGGCUCGUCAUCGGCACCCUCCAUGGUCAAAAGUCGCUGAUAAAACCGCCCCCUCCUGGCGCUAUUUCAAGCGUACCCUACGCAGAGGCGUCGUGGCUCGUCCCAGGCUUCCGUAGCCCGUAUUUCACCGAGAGGCAUAGGAAGUUCCAAGCGGGUGUGAGGACGUUCUUCGAGGAGGUCGUUAAGCCUGCUGCCAUUGAAUCCGAGGACUCUGGCAAGAAAAUUCCGCAAGAGGUGGUCGACAAGAUGGCAGAGGUCAACAUCAUCGCAAUGCGGCUGGGACCAGGGAAGCACCUUCAAGGGAGAAAACUUCUGAACGGUCUAGUGGAGCCCGAAGAGUUCGACUACUUCCACGAGCUCAUCAUCAACACCGAACUGGCGCGUUUCGGGACACGCGGUUUCAUCGACGGCAUCCUCGCCGGCGCAGUCAUCGGCCUGCCGCCAGUCCUGAACUUCGGCUCGCCAGAGCUGAAGGCGCGUAUCGUGCCGGAGGUGUUUGGCGGCAAAAAAUACAUCGCGCUCGCCAUCACCGAGGCAUUUGCGGGGUCGGAUGUGAGUGGGAUCCAGACCGUCGCGGUCCGAGAAGGCGAUUACUGGGUCAUAACCGGCACGAAAAAGUGGAUCACCAACGGCCAUUUUGCGGACUACUUCACGACACUUUGCAAGACCGAUACCGGCUUCACCGUAAUCCUCGUCGAGCGCUCCGACAGCGUCAACACCAAAGCCAUCAAGACCUCCUACUCCCCCACCGCAGGCACGGCUUUCGUGACAUUCAACCGCGCGCGCGUGCCCGUCGGCAACACCCUGGGCCAAGUCGGGAACGGGAUGAAGGUCAUCCUCUCUAACUUCAACCACGAGCGGUGGAUGGUCACCUGCACCGCGCUCGCCGCGCAGCGCGUCGUCGUCGAGGAAUGCCUCAAGUGGGCGUCGCAGCGGGUCGUCUUCGGCAAGCCCCUCCAUGCCCAGCCGGUCAUCCGCGCGAAGCUUGCGGGGAUGAUCUCGCGUGUCGAGGCGGGCCAGAACUGGCUGGAGAGUGUGACGCAUAACAUGAACAACAUGACCUAUGCGCAGACCUCGGAGCUCCUUGCGGGCCCGAUCGCCCUAUGCAAACAAUUUGUCGGACGAUGCGGCACCGAAAUCGGCAACGAUGCGGCCCAGAUAUUCGGCGGCCGCGCUAUUACGGUCACGGGGAUGGGCAAAGUAAUCGAGAACUUCAGGAGAACGACUCCGUUCGACGCAAUCCUGGCCGGUGCAGAGGAUGUCAUGGCGGACUUGGGCGUGCGGCAGGCACUGAAGAAGAUGCCGAGCAACGCCCGGCUGUAG